AUGGACGAAAAUCUCCUCGACGUACCAAACAAUACGUGGGUCAAUGCCACCACUGCUCCAGGAAUGGGCAUACCCGCAUGGCUUUACCGCCGCUGUCUAUACCUGCUGGACGUAGAGUCGAUGCCCGACUCAACCAAUACCAGAGGCCGCAUUCAAAGUGAUUUGUUGACACAAACGGGCAUUCGUGUCCCGUGGCCCCUAAUGACUGCCGUAACGCUAACUUACAUGGACACGAACCCCGACAGACGUAAUCGGUUUCAGAAUUUUACCGAAGCUCAAAUGCGACCGGUCGAGGGUGACGGUCAAAUUCAGCCGGUAGGCCCAAUUCGUCGGGAUGCGACGACAGUAGCGGCUACCGCAAGGGGCGCAGACGAAGCAGCGCAAGAAGACAGGGAUCGACUAGAGGUCGCGCACAUCCUCCUGAGCAUGGCUAAUCAAGUACCUCAAGCAGCCCCUUUGACUGUUAGUUUGGAGGCUUCAGAAGAAACAGGUACCACGAACCAGGGAAGCCAUUCUCCGAACGGCUCCAGUGAGAGAGUCUCCCCUCCAGCGGAUGACCAUGUUCCCGCACCAGUAACUGGCGACCACAAUGCUAAUGCAAGCAGAAAUCAGACGCAGCCCGAACAAGGGUUACUGCCCGCUUCAGAGCAGCACGCGUCACCUCCAAAAGAAACGAAGGACUCUGACGUCCAAGCCCGUCUUCGCGGUAUCCUGCGCCAUAUCAAUGCCACCGAGACUAUCGGUUCGCUUCUAGAAGGUGAGCAUGUGCAGGACAAUGACCAGUACCUUUCGACGGUUGAACAACCUCUCGCUCCCGCGCCGCCGGCAAGGACAGACAACGAGGUUACUAGUGCUGACUCAGGAACACAACCAGAGCCACGUACGGACAAGGGAGCACGGAGGCCGGCUUCGCCGGCGGCCAAUGUCAAAGUCGAUGGAUCCGAAGGUCGUCCCGUAGAGCGCACAACGCGACCGCGGCGCACACGUGCACCGCGGAAGCCGAUACCCACUGUGACCUCGGAAAGAGUGACCCGAUCUACUGCUGCCAAGCGGAAAAGAGAGGAGCUCGAGGAAGCUAACAAGACCCAAACCGACGGUGAGGAGUCGAGCAGGACCGACACGGACGAGAAUCAAGACCCCCCUGCGACAAAGAGGCCUCGCUUGAUAUUGAAGAUUAACACCGCGACAGGCAAGAUUACAAAGCGCUCCAGCGAUGCACAAGACAGUGAUAAAGCCGACGGGGAGGAUGAAAGCCACGGUAAGCACGAGGGAAGCACGAGUUCGCCAACACAAGUGCAAGGGCCAAAGGACCGACCCACUCCAAUAACACCCCGGAGACUGAUUCUGCGUCCUCCAAAGGCACCCACAAAGACCAAAGCCACAGGUAAGUCACGCAAGAGACAGCGGAGCGACGAGCCACAGGACGAAGGUGAUGCGGGCAAGGAGAGUGAUGAUGGAAAGGCAAAGAAGAGACGCACAGGUAAAUGA